AUGAAGCAAUUCAAAACCAAGGUGCUCUUGGGAGUCAUUGUCUUGUUGGCCAUCAUUCUCAUUUUGGUAGCCAUUGCGACACCUGGAAAGAAACAGGAUAAUGCAGAUGAUCUUGUCCCAAUAACCGCCUUGCCCAGCAGCAACCCAUCUCAGGCACCGACUUCUUAUUCAGACUUCUUGCUGUCACGUUUCCCUGAAUCAACAGUCUCUACAAUUCAGGAGGACCCAGUAUCACCCCAGUCAAGGGCAUUUGCAUGGCUCAUGGAAGAGAUUGAUAUCCUACACAACCUCACAGAACAGAGAGUAGUACAGCGGUUUGUGCUAGCAACAUUCUAUUUUGCCAACAGCGAAGAACGAUGGUACUUUGAUGACAAUUGGCUGAACCACAGUGUUCAUGAGUGCCUUUGGUAUUCAAGUUUGGAGCAAUGGUAUUUCACUUCUGCGGCCAGCAUACACAUCCCACUGGAUCACAUCAGCCCUUGUGAGCAAGAUGUACCUGGAAAUCUAGAGGGUGGCAUCUUGUAUCAGGGAGAUGGAAUCCUGAAACAUUUCUGGCUGUCCUUUAAUGGCCUAAUGGGAUCAGGGAUUCCACCAGAGCUCUACUUGCUUACUGAACUUAAGAGCUUGGUAUUGGAUGGAUUCAACCUCACCAGCACCAUCCCAGAAGAGCUAUGUGGCCUUCCCAGUUUGGAAUAUAUUUCCAUGGUCAGUUGUGGCCUUUACGGCUCCAUGCCUCAAGCACUCGGAGGUUUGUCAAAACUUAGAGCUAUCUACUUGGCCGCCAACUCUUUGACGGGCACUAUUCCAGCAUCCCUGUUUUCCCUUACACACUCCAUGAGAGACAUCGCUUUAGUAGAUAAUCAGAUGACAGGACCAAUACCAACAGAACUGGGUUUGCUGACUGAUUUGCUGAGAAUAUGGUUUGAUACGAACUUCUUCACAGGGACCAUUCCAACCGAGCUUGGGCAAUUGACUUUCUUGGAUGGGUUAGAUCUAGCUGUGCUGUUGUUGAGUGGCACUAUCCCAGCUGAGCUUGAAGUUCUUACAGACAUGGUAUAUUUGCACCUGCAUAACUCAGGUCUUACAGGAACAGUCCCCAGGUGGCUUGCCAACAUGACAUCCCUCGAACACAUGACACUGUCGGACAACUCCUUUACUGGAACUAUUCCAACAGAACUUGGUCUGCUAACAAAGUUGUCUACUUUGUGGCUUGGUUUGAGUUCUUUGUGGGGCACAAUCCCAAGUGAAUUUGGAAUGUACGAGCAAGUGGGCGUGUUUAUCUUGCAUAGCAAUUACCUGACAGGAACCAUUCCUACAGAGCUAGGACAGCUUACCCAUGGUUUGUCUCAGUUCUGGCUAUAUGACAAUGAUUUGACUGGGACAGUGCCCCUGGAGCUUGGCAAUGUUCGUUUCCCUGCACCUUAUGGUCAAGCCUUGUUGCACGGAAAUGAUCUUUCUGGCGUUGUCCCUGAGAGUUUGUGCUCCGCCAACAACCUUACUUUUGACUGCAGCGACCAACUCUGUGGAUGUGACUGGUGUAACUGUUCUGACUUUGAAACAUCACCCAUACUGGAGGGAGAGAUUACCAAUGAAGAUGGUCAGCUGCUGAGAGAGAUAACCCAAACUGAGGGGAACCAAACCGACCCCUGA